AUGCGAAUUCUCGCUGAUGCACCUGUCAUCUUUAAGGCCUCAAAUAAUAUGGAAUUGAUCAUUGUCGAAGUUUCUAAUAACAGUCUCAAGAAACACAUGACAAAUUCUAUCGAAAACUCUUGGAAGUUGAUUGAGUGCAGUGUGUCGGCAUUAAGAAAAGAAGCUGCACAAUUUAAAGAUGCUUCAAAUCAGGCCGAUCUCACUACCUUCAAGAAGCCCAAGGUUUUCACGAUUCUUUUUAUUGCUACUCAAGUCACUCUUUCCGAGAUGUCCUGUUUUAAUGAAAGCAGUUGGAAAUACAUCGAAAAAAGAACAGUCAAACUUCCUACCACAUGGGAUGAUCAUAUCUGUGUGGUGCCAUAUGUUGAGCUGUUGGCGACGUUGUUAUUGAAAGUGUACGAUUAG